GCCAAAGCAGUACCAUCACAAAUAUCCGCAUCUAAGAACAUGGCGAGUAGAAGACACGCUGGAAACAGUAUCGGGGGCCCUGCACUGCCAUCAGCUCGAGAAUGCUCUUCCGCGUCUUGAAGACUCCUUUCGCUGAGAUCUGUUCCUACAGUCGAACAACAUCUCCGCAGCCCAAAUCCGCCAAGACUACCAGAUGCGAUUACAACGCGCUACCCAUCAAGACGAGCCCACAGAGACGCAAAACGAAAUUGAGAACAGCAACGAUGACGACGAUAAUGAUGAUGAUUCAGUUGAAGUACAAGAGCAAGGAAGAAAGCGAAAGAGAAGGCGUGCUGCUGCUCUUUCUAAGAUUAAGCAGAACAAGGAAGCCGCUCGCCGUAAGUCUCGUUGUAUCGGAGGAAACGAUGAAGAUAACGACACCAUUGUAAAGCAAAUGAACAAUGAAUUACAGAGAAUACCCGACCAUAUAGAGAAUUGUGAGAUUUGUGGCAAGCGUUUUACAGUCACUGCAUAUAGCAGGACUGGUCCAAAUGGUGGCCUGCUGUGCCCUAAGUGCUCCAAAGAUAUGGCAAACAAGGAAAAGAAACCAACUGCAAAAAGGCGUGGCCCCAAAAGUGGGCGUCGCCAGAAUCAAAGCAACCUGCUCGAUGGCGUCGCUCUGCAGGGUGCCUCUAGUUUGGUUGAAAUGUGUACAAAGAAAGUUGCAGAUAAUAUUCAAAAUAUCGAAGAGUUCGGCGAUCUGCCAAGACAACUGCUUCAUCGUCUCAGUCAGAUAUUAUCCAAGCGGCGUAUUAUUACCCCGAGAACGUUGAACUUGUUUCUACGGCCCGACUUAGAUUCCAUUGAUAUCUAUGACUGUGCUAAACUCGAAACAGAUGACUUUCAGAAGAUAUUUAUGCUCAUGCCUUUGCUGACCAAUGUCAAUCUACGCUUUGCCGGACAGAUGAAAGAUGACUCGCUUAAGUGUAUGAUUAGUCACAACAUUCAGAUUAAGAAUCUGUGCUUGGAUGCCGUUAACCUAGUCUCCGACCCAUGCUGGCGACUUCUCUUCCAGAAGGUCGGAUCGAGGCUGGAGAGCCUGAAGUUGUCCAACCUUGAUUCUUCUCUGGAUGACGAGACCGUUGAUGAGAUGUGUAGGUGUUGCACAGCUCUUCGGCGACUCAAGUUGAAAGAAUGUUGGCGGACUGGUGAUGCCUCUCUUCGGGCAAUUUCUACUUUGACAGCUUUGGAGCACUUGUCCCUGGGUUUCGUCCAAGAAACCAAUGCUGAUGCCCUUCUCGGAGUCGUCUCGAGGCUUGGUCCGAAUUUGCGAACGCUGUCUUUAGAGGGGUUCCCCGAUGCGGAUGAUCGUCUUCUUAGUACGAUUCACGACCAAUGCCGCCUACUGUGUAAACUUCGCCUCUCUGACAAUACUGUAUUUACUGACAAGGGUUUCGUCAGUCUCUUCAAGGAUUGGCACAAUCUGCCAUUAAGAUCUGUGGAUCUUUCGUCUACGCGAGACGUGGAUUACUCGAAUCCAGAUGGUCCAAGUGACCCGACGGGUCUCGCAUCAGAAGGGUUCAUCGCUUUGAUGAAACAUUCGGGUUCUACGAUCCAGUCUCUGAAUAUUGCUUCCUGUCGCCAUAUAUCACGCGCUGCGUUCGAAGCAGUGUUCUCAGAAGAUAGAACAUAUCCGAACCUCAAAGAGCUUGAUGUUUCAUUCAAUACGGUCAUGGAUGACUAUCUUGCCAAUCGUAUCUUCCGGUGCUGUCCUUCGCUGAAAAAGCUAAUCACGUUUGCAUGCUUCAAUGUGCGGGACGUCCGUGUCCCAAGGGGGCUUGCCUUGAUCGGUGGUUUGAAAGCUCAAGAUUCUAUCAUUGUCGAAGGCGACUCCUAGAAGGAUAUAGUCAUAUGGUCUUUUGGACGUCAAUUGCUCUGGAAUCGACGGUCAGCUCGUUAAUUUUCGAGUACGAAGAUUGACCUUGGUCUCAGUAGUAAUAACUGAUGUGAAGCUUAUAAUUCUCUACUUCAAAGGCAGCUGGAUUUCUAGCUAAAUAUCAACAGAUGAGAAACGUACCCUGAAAGUGGACAAGAAUGAGAUUUUGGCUCCUGUGCGAUAUCUCUUCCAUCAUGUCCUUUAUUUUUCCUGUCUGUUGUUAACUUUUGUUGAAAUGAAAUGGCUUUGCUUCCU